GACAAAAAUAGUCGUACAGCCGGGCCCUGGGCCAGGUGACGUCACGCGCCAGGGCCGCGGCGGGGCAAGACGGGCCCCGCGCCAGUGUCGCGCGCGCCGUCAGUCUAGCCGCACGCCGUCUGCCGCUUGCCGUCCGCCGCCUGCUGCCCGCGCUCCGCCCGUUCCUCCACACCACUCACCCUCCAACCCCGUGGCACCCGACACCACCCUCAUGGUAAGGAAAUACGAAAGAAUGAGCGGACGCCAAUCCUGGAGUGAAGAAGAAAUGGCCAAAGCUGUGGCAGCCGUGGUGUCUGGCAAAAUGGGCUACAAACUGGCAGCACGGACGUACCACAUACCACGAUCAACACUCCAGAGAAGAGCGAGCAAAGUACGAUACCAGCAACCAGACGAUCCCAAACCCAUGAUGGGGCAUUAUAGACGUGUGUUCACUGAGAGUCAAGAGAAAGACUUGGUUGGCUAUAUAAAGAGCAUGGAGAAAUAUUUCAUGGGAGUAUCCCGGAGGGAUAUUAGGGAGCUGGCAUUCCAAUACGCCGAAGACAACAAUCUAAACCAUCCCUUCGACGCUAACACUCGGAUGGCCGGCGAGGAUUGGGUGAGGAACUUCUUAAAGCGGAAUCCAGAACUGCUCCACAAAUCAGAAAAAGACUACGAGUUGGAGCCGGUGAACUUCGAUCAGUUCUACCACUUCAUGUGUCAAUCUUCAUGAUCCCUAAGAAAUUUAGUCAUACGCGAACGUCGCGGUGUGGCCCACCCAAAAGAGCCUCGGGUUUAUUGAACGCUAACAAUACAACCUGUGUAUAACGUAGAUAGCAAUUCAAUUUCAAUUGAAAAUUCGUUUGCAUUUUGCAAAAAUAGAACCACUGUAACCUAACAACGGAAUUUUAUAUUGAUACAAGUAUGUAGAUAUUUUUUAAGACUCAAGUAAUUUACGCAUAGUAAAAUAUAUCUAAUGAAUAGAGCAUGGCUCGAAAUGAUAUUUAUAUUAUUCCAUUCGUUGAAAUACUUAAUUAUAGCUAAUAAUUUAAAGUACUUAUCAAAUUUAUUUUUAAUGUUACUUAUUCUUUAUAGUUUAAAUUGUGUUAUUUAAUUAAAACGGUUAUCGGGCUGUGAUCUUGGAGACGGUAUAAUUUAGACUCAAAGGAAGCAUGGAUAUUGUAUGUGUUUUGAGAAUAUUAUAUGUAUAGUUUUAAUCACAAAUCUUUAUUCUUAUUGUUUACAUUUUUUUUUUCUUGUUAAUUAUAACCAAAACAUUGGUGCUAUUGAGUCAAACUGAAUUGAACUCUAUAUCUUCGCGGUUAAUAUCUAUUUUAGAAUAUAUAUGAAAUUAUUUAGUCGCUUAAAAGGGGACUCACGUUUGCUUUGUUUUGUGAAUUAUUACAGAUUUCAAAUGAUAUUUCUAAAUAUGUAUUAUCUCUCAUUGUUACUAAAUAGUUCGUUAUUUAAAAUAAUUUAUGAAGCUAUGCCAACAUAUUGAGUAUUUAAAUUUUAAACUAACAAUUGUGAUAAAGGUGAUCGGCAACGUUAGGUGUAAAGAUGAUUGUAAUUAUUAUUGUUAGAUUAAAUUAAAAUUUAAAGUUGUACCUUUCAACUUUAUAAAAAAGUUGUUGUUACCUGAUUUAAGUUUUGAUCUCUUAAUACUAGUUUUAAUAUAUAUAUUUAUAUAUAUAUAAAUUAUUGAAAUUACAGGUCAUUUUAAAUAGCUGUCGAUUAUAUUUUUUUUUGUUCGUAAUUUGAAUAAAAUUUUUAUGAAUGCCAAACUAUGUUAUUAUUUGAGAUUUAUAUUUGAAUAUUAUGUUAAAAGUACUUAUUAAGUUAAAUUCUAAUAAAUGGUGAAAUAUU